AUGACGAAUUCGAUCGACCGACCGAUUAUCUUCGUCGCCCACAGCCUAGGAGGGCUUGUCCUCAAGAGUGCCCUAAUCCACUCCGACGCCGCUCGGCAAGGCGCCUUAGCUGAACACCGGUCGAUCAAACUAUCAACAUAUGGAAUUCUAUUCAUGGGAACUCCUCACCAGGGCGGAAACGGCGUGCAACUAGGACGAGUGCUCGCUAAUAUAGCGUCCCUUAUCGUGGCAGCAGAUAACCGGCUUCUGAAGCACCUCGAGAAGGACUCAGAAUGGUUGCAGCAGCAACUGGGGCAGUACGGACCAAUCAGCAAUGACUUUGUGACAAAGUUUGCCUACGAGGAGUAUCCGACUCCCACCGUCUUGGGACACAGCAUCAUGGUUCGUAUUUAUACCGCUAUCGUUGACACUAGCACUAAGCACAAAUAG